GCGGGUGGGUUGUUGGCGAGCCUAAAAGAUUCAAAGAUGAGAGUGGUAGGUGAAACCGCGAUCGAAUAAUAUAGGAAGGAGAAGAGAGUUGGUGAUGAUAAUUGAGUGAUAUGGGGAUAUACGAGGCCGUGAUGGAAGAGAUAACGGCGUUUACAGGGCUAUCACCGGCGGCCUUUUUCACAAUCGCCGGUAUGAUGGUCGUUGUUUACAGAUACGUUACCGGGAUGUUUGUUUCUGCCGAAGAUUACAACAAGCCUCCCGUGGUCAAUUCUGAAUUUGUGAGCAAGUAUUUCGAUCCCGCCACAACCACCGCACCAAGCUCAGUCCAAGUAGUCGGGGAUAUGACGGAGCAAGAGCUUAGAGCUUAUAAUGGGUCUGACCCCAGUAAGCCCCUUCUCAUGGCCAUCAAAGCUCAGAUCUACGACGUCUCCUCCUCCAGGAACUUCUAUGGUCCGGGUGGGCCGUACGCAAUGUUUGCCGGAAGGGAUGCGAGCAGAGCGUUGGCGCUUCUGUCUUUCAAACCCCAAGACAUUAACGGAAACAUAGAAGGACUCGGUCCCGACGAGCUUCAGAUUUUGCAGGACUGGGAAGAUAAAUUCGUCGAGAAAUAUGUCAGGGUUGGACAACUCGUGCAUGACACUGAUUCUGAGGCUUUGCCACAACCAACCCAAGAGACCCAGCAAAUUUGAGAGAUCAAAUUCCCACUCCACUUUCAUUAACUUGUUGACGGCAUCUUGUGUUAUAUUUCAUAAGACUCGCUAUUCUUUGUGCAUAGUAUCUCCUUUUACGAUUUUGUUUCAAGA